CAACAACCAUCAUGUCACCACCACCAACACCCCCUCCCGCCUUCGAAAUCCGCGAAGUCACCACCAAAGCCGAGUUCGCACGUCUGAAUGACGUUCUCUGGACGGCCAACUUUCAUCCAUACGAACCAAUCUUCACCCUCUGCCACGCCACCACCGGUCCCACCGCCGCAGACCGCGCAACCGACCAAGCCCGCGACACCGACCUCCACUGGGCCGCCCACGCCCGCAAUCCCGCCUCGCACUACCUCUACGCACUCGACCCUCGGACCGGGCGCGUCGCCGGUGGCUGUGAAUGGACCUUCUACCAUACCAACCCGUUCCCCGACGGUCCGCAACCCGUGCCGUGCACCUGGUACCCCGAGGGAUCCGAGAAGGCGGAGUUCGUGACUCACGUGUUGACACAGUGUUUGUUGCCGCGGCAGGCGUGGUUGCGGAGGGCUCAUGCGGGUUUGUUGUUAUCCUCCACCAUCCCCGGAGAGUGGAACCAGUUUGAUAGGGGGGAAUGGGUCAAUCGGAUGGGCGUGCACCCGGAUUACCGUCGACAGGGCGUCGGACGAUUGCUGAUGCAGUGGGGUCAUGCGCGGAUUGACGCGUGGGGGUAUGAGUGUUUUAUCGAGUCCGGGGCGAUGGGACGGUGGUUGUAUGAACAGUGCGGGUAUCGCAGGGUGAUGGGGUUGGCGGUGGAUUGUGCGAGGAAGGAUCCGAGUGAGGAGUGGGAGAGGCUGAUGUUUGAGUAUCGGUCGCUGGGGAUGUUGUUGCUGUGGAGGCCUCCCAGGGGAGUGUGGGAUGAGACGGUGCCAGCUGGGCCGUGGGCGGUGACCGAGGGGACCUGGCAAGAUGCACAGGGAGGGGGUGAACCUCUUUUUGGGUCAACAACCUCCACAACUUCUUUCAAAAUGACCAUCCCAUUCCCCAUGAUCGGCCCCGAGAGCUACGGCCUCUACACCCGCCGUGCCGCCCCUCGCUCCCUCGAGGCUGACGCCCUCGCCAAGGAGCUCCAAUCCACUGAUGUCUCCCGCGGGCAAUUGGGCUCUCGCAGCUCCUCCGCUGCCACCAUGAUCACCACUUCUACCACCUCGUCCUCCUCGAGCUGGAGACAGAAGCUCUCGCAGAAGUACAAGAAGUUCCACUUUGCUUGAUCCAUCACUUCUGAGAACAAACAUCUUGUCAAAUGAACACGAAUUGCAGCCAUCACCACCACCACCACCACAACAACAACAACGACACUACCACAAACAUUAAACAUCGAGCUUUUCUGCUCUCAAACGACAUCACGGCAUCAUUGGAGGAGUUUAGACGGUUAUCAGCGAGCAGGGGGGGUUCUUUUUCUUGUCAAAACGUUUACUCAUGUUAAUACUUAAUUCUGGCGCGGGCAUAUAGACAUGAACGCUUCAUACAUUUACAUAAUUAACAAUCCAAUUUAGAGAACUUCAUAAUCCACAUUUGGUUCCUUUCCCUUUCUAUACUACUUCUGUUCAGCAGACAAAGCAGUAGACAGGUUCUUACCAGGGAGAGAAUGUGUUUUUUUGGCACAACAAGCUAUGAGAGACACACCUCAAUAUACCACAGG